CAAUGCCACGUCGUUGGAGCCCUUUCUUUGUAUCCUCUUUCCUCCCCGGCCAAAUUGCGGAAGGUCCAAACAGCAAGAAAGGGCGCGACUCUCUCUCUCUCUCUGUGGCCGAUCAAAAGCAAUGCGAACCAGGAACCAGUCCAAGCGGCAGAGCCAAUCGACCGGCCAAGAAGCGAAAGAAACUGCGCAGCAAAGCUUAGGCUUUCCGGAAUCACUUAAUGACGGCGACCUUACUGCUAAAUCCUGCCAGGCUGUGGGAAAGCUUCUGAAACGACUGAAUUCGCGAGGCUCCUCGGCUUUGAAGAAACAAGAUAACUACCUCCGCCGGUGUGAUUUUGUAGGCAAAAAUGAGAGCAAGUCUGAGGGAACUGAAGAUGGUGGAGGGGGAAGCAACACCGGAGAAAAUGGCUUAGAGGGAGAAAGUAGUGACAUGCUGGGGAGCACUCGGUUGAAGAACAAAGAUGAUGGAAAAAUUUUCCGCCAUUCCACUCCAGAUACUGAAGAAGAAAUGGAAGAGUCAUUUUGGAUAGAUGGAUCUCUUCCUACUUUCAAUUCGCUAAACAAUGAUAGAAGUGAUUCGGUUAAUGGAGUGACUAUUGAGUUCGAAGGGACACCAGAUUCUGAUAAAAGGAAGACCAUCCGUAGAUUUUCUGCUGAAGAUAAGGAAUUGGCUGAGCUUGUGCACAAGGUUCAUUUACUUUGUUUGCUUGGGAGGGGAAGGUUAAUUGAUCAGGCUUGUAAUGAUCCUCUCAUUCAGGCUGCCCUGCUUUCACUUCUACCAACACACUUACUGAGAAUAUCAGAGGUCACAAAAUUGACGGUUAAUGCUUUGGCUCCUCUUGUGGAUUGGUUUCAUAAUAACUUCCAUAUUAGAAGUCCAAGCGGUACAGAGAGAUCGUUUCAUUCUGCAUUGGCAUUUGCUCUCGAGACUCGUGAAGGGACUGCAGAGGAGGUUGCUGCACUGUCUGUGGUGCUGUUUCGAGCUCUGAAUCUUACAGCCAGGUUCAUUUCCAUUCUGGAUGUAGCCUCCUUGAAGCCCAAUUCUGAUAAACCUGAAUCUGUUAAUCAAGAUCCAAGCAAGACAGGGAGAGGGAUAUUUCUAUCUUCCACUUUGAUGGUGGAUAGAUCAAACCAGGUUUCUGUUUCCACCGUGAAACAAUCACCAUCAGAUGGCAAGGACAACAUGUGUGGAACUUCCUCAAGGGGUGCUUGCAGAGCUGCUAAUAGGAAGUCUUCAAGUAAUCCCUGUCAAUCUGAAGAUCCUACAGAUGUUGGUAAGCAUAUUAGAUCAGCAUGCAAGAUGCAAAAUGAUCACUCUGAUGUGUGCCUUGCCAAAAAAUCUGAGCAAUCCAAGAGAAAAGGAGAUCUUGAGUUUGAGAUGCAGCUGGAAAUGGCUCUUUCUGCCACAGCAGUUGGCACUUCUGCGAGCAGUAUGAGCUUGGAUGUGAAUGACAUAAACAAUAACUCACCCAAUCUGUCUUCUCCCGCUAAAAGAAUGAAAACAAUUAAACAGAUAGAAUCUCCUCCUCAGGGAGUCUCUACUGCAUUUGGAUCAAGAAAAGUUGGAGCACCUCUGUACUGGGCAGAAGUCUAUUGUAAUGGAGAGAACUCCACAGGAAAAUGGGUGCAUAUUGAUGCUGUCAAUUCUAUUAUUGAUGGAGAACAGAAAGUAGAAGCUGCAGCUGCUGCAUGCAAAAAGUCUUUGAGAUAUGUAGUUGCUUUUGCUGGCUUUGGAGCUAAAGACGUGACCCGCAGGUACUGUAACAAAUGGUACAAGAUAGCGUCGCAACGAGUUGAUCCAAUUUGGUGGGACAAUGUACUGGCACCAUUGAAGGAGUUGGAAUUGGGAGCAACUGGAGGUCUGAUCCAUUUGAAACAGGAUGAUUCAAAUGAACAUGAAAAAGAAGUAGCAUUUAAACCUUCUGAUCCUCCAAAAUGUAUUAGACCUGAUGGUGCCGUCUCACCUGCAAUGCAAGAAAUGGAAAUGCCAAAAGAGCCUACGAAGAAAUUUGGAGCAGAAUCUUCAGCUAGUAAUUGUUAUGUUGCUACUAGGAGCUCACUUGAGGAUAUGGAGUUGGCGACUAGGGCACUAACGGAGCCUCUUCCUACUAAUCAACAGGCUUAUAAAAGCCAUCACCUUUAUGCUCUUGAAAGAUGGCUUACCAAGUAUCAGAUAUUUCAUCCAAAGGGUCCUAUAUUGGGUUUUUGUUCAGGUCAUCCAGUAUACCCAAGGACUUGUGUCCAAAUACUCCAUACAAAAGAAAGAUGGCUGCGCGAGGGUCUGCAAGUCAAAACCAAUGAGCUUCCUGCAAAGGUGUUGCAACGCACAAUGAAACUCAACAAAGCACAAGCUUCUGAAGCUGAUGUUAAUGGUGAAGAGGGUUGUGAAGGAAAUAUUCUACUUUAUGGGAAGUGGCAAACAGAACCUUUGUGUCUUCCUUGUGCUGUAGAUGGGAUUGUUCCUAAGAAUGAACGAGGCCAAGUGGAUGUGUGGUCAGAGAAGUGCAUACCACCGGGAACUGUGCACUUGAGGUUGCCACGGGUUGCUCCUGUUGCAAAGAGGUUGGAAAUUGAUUUUGCACCUGCUAUGGUUGGAUUUGAAUUCAGAAAUGGUCGCUCUAUACCUGUCUUUGAUGGCAUCGUGGUUUGUUCUGAGUUUAAGGGUGCGAUCUUGGAGGCAUAUGCAGAGGAAGAAGAAAGAAGAGAGGCCGAGGAAAGAAAAAGGAGUGAAGCUCAAGCUAUUUCUAGGUGGUAUCAGCUUCUCUCAUCCAUAGUUACGCGGCAAAGGUUAAACAAGUGUUAUGGGGACAAUUCAACAUCUCAAAAGUCCAAUGAGGUUCCAAGGGCAAAAGAUAAACUUGAUGUCCAGUUUGGCGGUGACAAGGAUGACGGUCAUUUUCCUCAAUGUGAGGACGACCAGAACAUAUUGGAUAGAAAGCUCGAUGCUGUGUCGAUAGCACCAACAGAAGAAGAGCACGAACAUGUCUUUUUGACAGAUGAUCAGGUCGUCUGCUUAGACGAGCAGAGUUUUACAAGGACAAAGCGGUGUCGCUGUGGAUUUUCAAUUCAAGUGGAGGAGUUGUAGUACAUAUGCCCACAUGCCAUCUGCAUUGUGAUAUGUAUAAUGUAUCAUAACAAUUUCAGUUUAGAAUCUUGUUUGGAAAUGGUUCAGUUUGUAAACUGGAAGAAGGUGCUUCAAUAGCUGAAUGAAAUUUUGGUU